AUGGACCUGAAGAUGCAGCUGGAGCUGCCCCUGGAGGCGCUAGUGCUCCGCCACUCCGCCGCCGGCACCGGCGGCGGGUCUGUGUGGGCCUGGCUGGCCGUCGUCGCCGCCGCAUUCGGCCUGUGGCGCAUCCGCUCCAUCGCCGUGGGCUUCGGGUACGGUUACCCCCGCCGCCGGCGCUGCCGCCCACCCCCCACCUCGCAUGACACCGGCAAAUGCGACCUCGUCAGCGACCAGUCGCCGCCACCGCCGCCGAUGCCCCCGCCGCCGAAGCUGCUGCCGGAGGCCGCCCUCUCAGCAGCCGGAGAGGGCUGCCGCCACGCGAGCUUCACCAGGAAGGGGUCUCUCUUCGAGGCGCACGGCUGCUUCGAGGAAGAAGUCGACGAUGGGGAAUCGGAAGAAGAGGUAGAGCGACCGCAGGGUCACCGAUGGGCCCUCGAAGGCAGCGGCAUCGUCCUCUACGGUUGCGGAGGCGGCCGCAGGGAGGAGAGGCGGAUGGGGGACUUGGGGUGGUACCGGUACCAGGACCUUUCGGUGCUCAACGGGAGGGUGGUGAGGCUGUGGGAGGACGAGAAGCGCCUAGCUGCCUCCCCGUCGGUGCGGCGGCGGUGCCGCCUGAACCUGGAGGGGUGA